AUGAAGUACAAAACAUCAAUAUCUCCAUAUAUUUUUGUGCCUUCAAUUCUUCUUCCUCUUCUUUUACUCUCCUCUCCCCAACCCAUUUCUUGUACACCAUUAGAUUCACUCCACGACAAUUUCCUCCAAUGCCUCUCGAAACACUUAGACCCAUCAGACCAAAACUUAACCAUUCUCCUCAGUCCCACAAACCCUUCAUUCCUAACUGUCCUCCAAGCCCGCAUCAGAAACCUCCGCUACAACACCUCCGCCACCCCCAAACCCUCCCUCAUUGUCACCCCUCUCCGCGAAACCCAUGUCGCCGCUACGGUGCUGUGCGCCAAAACCAUUGGAAUCCAACUCAAAAUCCGAAGCGGUGGCCAUGACUACGAGGGCACCUCCUACGUCUCCGACAACUCCUUUGUCAUUCUCGACAUGUUCAAUCUCCGUUCCAUCGACAUAGACAUUCAACACGAGACCGCUUGGGUCCAAGCCGGUGCCAACUUGGCUGAUUUGUACUACAAAAUUUCGGAAAAGAGCAAAACCCAUGGUUUCCCGGCCGGCCUUUGCCCCACGGUCGGCAUCGGCGGCCAUAUUAGCGGCGGUGGUUACGGUAUUAUGCUCCGUAAAUACGGGUUGACGGUCGAUCAUGUGGUCGAUGCACGUAUAGUGGAUGUUCGUGGCCGAAUUUUAGACCGUAACGCCAUGGGCGAAGACCUUUUUUGGGCAAUAAGAGGUGGUGGUGGUGCUAGUUUUGGGGUCAUAUUGGCGUACAAAGUUAGACUAGUUAAAGUUCCAGAAAUUGUGACCACUUUUUGGAUCCAAAGGACUUUGGAAGAGAAUGCCACGGACUUAGUUCACCGGUGGCAAUUGGUGGCCGAUAAGAUAGACAACGAUCUUGUCCUUAGGCUGCUUCUUCAGCCAGUGGAUGCCAAGAUAAAUGGUCAGAACACCAUAAAGGCAUCAUUUGGAGGAAUGUUUCUUGGAAAUAUUGAUAGACUGAUGUCGGUGAUGACUAAAGAAUUUCCGGAGUUGGGUCUGGAUAAAAGACACUGCUCGGAAAUGAGUUGGUUUCACUCGAUACUUCAAUGGAUGAAUCUGGCUCCCAAAAAGGAGAUCUUUAUGAAGAGGAAAUCAGAUUAUGUUAAGAAUCCGAUUCCCAAAGAAGGGUUGGAGGCGAUUUGGAAGAAAAUGAUGGAAUCUGAUAAAUUAGAGUUGUUUCUCACUCCAUAUGGUGGAAGAAUGAGUGAAAUUCCUGAGGAUGAAACUCCUUUCCCACAUCGAGCUGGAAUUAUAUUCAAAAUUCAUUAUUCGAUCAGCUGGAGGGAAGAGGGGAUCGAGGCAGACAAUAUCCAUGUGAGCAAGAUUAGGCAGAUGUAUGAUUUCAUGACACCUUUUGUAUCCAAUUCUCCUAGACAAGCAUUUCUCAACUACAGAGACCUUGACAUUGGUAUCAUUAAUCACAAUGGUAAUAAUAGUUACGAGGAAGCUAAAGUAUUUGGAGUUAAGUAUUUUAAGAAUAAUUUCGAUAGAUUAGUGAAAGUGAAGGCUAUGGUUGAUCCAGAGAACUUCUUCAGGAGUCAACAAAGCAUCCCACCUCUUCCACCUCAAGGGAAAUGA